AUGCAUUCUGCACACAGGAGACUCCUGGGCACGGUGUACGGCGCGAUAAAGAUCGCCGGUCCCGCGAAGUUCAAAGUGGGCGACGCGGUACGCGUGAGCAAGUACAAGACGAUCUUCGAGAAGGGCUACACGCCGAAUUGGACCACGGAGGUGUUUCGAAUCGUCAGAGUGCAGAGGACUAAUCCCGUGACGUAUCUCUUGGAGGAUUACCGCGGCGAACCGGUAGCCGGAGGAUUCUACGAACACGAGUUGCUUCGCGUCGCUAAUUCCGACGUGUAUCUGGUUGAAAAGGUGUUGCGCAAGAAGGGAGACAGGGUGUACGUCAAGUGGCUGGGAUUCGACGGAUCGCACAAUUCGUGGAUAAAUAAACGGGAUGUCGUGUGA